AGAUUUCCGACUGCGAUUCUGCGAAUCAGAUUGAUCUGCAGUUGAUGCAACAUAUUCAGGGACUUAUUUCCUUGGUGAAUAACGAGUUGCAUGCCUGGUAUCCCAAAUACAAAGCAUGGACAAAGAAGCAGCAGCUCAGCAGAUAGCUGCCAUCACCAAAUCUCUCGAAGAUGCUCAGAAAGACCUAAGGCUUUACGCCUCAGCGAUCGAGAAUGGUAGUGGCACGGAUCUCGAAUCUAUCGGGAAGGUCAGCAGCACGCAUACGAAUUUAAUCGCGAGUGUUCGAAAUCUGAAUCGGAGCGCGCGGGGGCCGGUUGAUAUGGUUUUUGCGCAGAUUGAAGCUGUAGCAUACACAGGUGCAGUUCGAGCGCUGGUAGAGAUGGGGAUCUUCGAAGCACUGCCGCUUGAUGGGUCAUCAUUAUCUGCUGAUGUGUUGGCUGAGAAGUUGGAUGUCGAGAAGGAUCUGCUUGUUCGAUUAAUGCGAGUUGCCAUUCCUGAGCUAUUUGCGGAGCCCAAACCACAUGAAUAUGCCCAUACCCCGUACUCGAUGGUGUACCUGCAUCCUGGAAUUCGAGGGGCAUUCAAACUGAUGCUCGGCGAAUACACGCCCGUGUUCAACCAGCUCUCAGAAUUCUUCAAAUCUAACGGCUGGAAGUCCCCUCAAGAUGAACACAACAACCCCUACACAUUCACCCACCGCACCAAUGGUCUCACGAUGUGGGAGCACGUAAAGCUAGACCCAGUAUAUUUCGCUGAUUGGAACGCCGCAAUGAACGCGCAGGGCCUCGCGACUUCGUUCGCCAUUUCCAUCUUUCCGUUCCACUCUGAACUUUCUAAAUUAGAAACUACUGAGGCGAGCAUGCUAGUCGUUGAUGUAGGCGGGGGAUUGGGCCAUGCUACGAUGCAGAUCAAGGGCUUGAUUGGUGACGUUAAAGGAAAGGUAAUUCUGCAGGACAGGCCAGAAGUGCUGGAUGAUAUCAAGGAAGAUCUUGGGGCGGGCAUUGAGAAGAUGGGGCAUGAUUUCUUUACGCCGAAUCCGGUGAAAGGGGCCUCAAUAUACUACAUCCGCCGCUGCCUCCAUGACUGGAACGACGCCAAGUGCAUCGAGAUCUUGAAAAACAUCUCUUGCUCAAUGACAGAGAAAUCGAGGCUCUUGAUUGCGGAGAUUGCGCUCCCGACCACCGGGGUCGAUGUUGAGGGCGCGUGGAUGGAUCUCACGAUGAUGUCUUUCACGGGGAGGGAGAGGACGGAGGAGCAGUGGGCCGGAUUACUGACUGCGGCUGGAUUGAGACUUGAGAAGACGCAUGGGUUAGCGGGGACACAUUAUGGUGUUGUUGAGGCGUAUCUGAAGUGAGAAGUAGUAGACCACAGAAAGACCAAAUUCCAAUCUGAUUUUUCGGCGACUGACCGAAUUUUUUUUUAAAUCA